AUGAAAAUUCGGCGGUGCAAUCGAUCAUCUUUUUCAGGGAAGAAAAGGGAUGAAGAAGAAGUAAUUAUCUCAGAAUCGAUCCCGUUUGAUCUCGUUAUUGAUAUAUUCAUGAGACUGCCUGCUAAGUCUAUUGCGAGAUUUCGUUGCGUAUCGAAGCUAUAUGAUUCCACACUUACAAAUCCAUAUUUCACCGAACCGUUCUACACCAUCUCUUCCUCUCGGCCGAAGCUAUUGUUCACUGUCCUAAAAGACGGCAACACGUUCUUCUUCUCAUCACCGACGCCUCAAGAUACGUCGUCUCGUUUUUUAGCUGUCAAAUUUCAUAUGAGUUUCCCGAUUUAUUGUCCCUAUGAAAUAUUCCGUCCUGUUCGUGGUUUAGUGUGCGGUAUAAAUCAACAAACUUCAAAGCAAGGGACAGUUAACGUGCCAUUGAUAUGUAACCCUAGCACCGGAGAAAUCUUGACGUUACCCAACCUGAAUACAAAGCGGAAGCGGGGAGUGACAAGCUAUUUAGGUUAUGAUCCGAUCGACAAACAAUUCAAAGUGUUGUGCAUGACCCAUAUACGUCACCGACGAUUUAAUGGUUCUCUUGAGGCUGAAGUUUUGACAUUAGGAACUGGAACUAAUCCAUCAUGGAGAAUCAUCUCAUGUAACAUACCACAUGAACGUGUUUUUGUGGAUCGUACAUCUGAUCAUUCAGCAUAUGAUGGGAUAUGCGUCAAUGGUGUUUUGUAUUACUUAGCAUACCUCUAUGACUAUCACACGACUGGGAGUGGCGUAGUUUGCUUUGAGUUUCGAUCUGAGAAAUUCAAGUGUAUAAGACUUGCUCAAGGCAUGGGAAGAUCAUAUACUACUCAAUCGACUCUCCUAAACUACAAGGAUAAAUUAGCUUUGCUUAUGUGGAAACCUUCAAGAAGAAUACCUAGUUCUGAAAUGCAACUAUGGGUUCUAGAAGAUGCUGAAACACAUCAGUGGUUUAGUUAUACCUAUAUUUGGCCUCCCCCUCCUCCUCGGAAGGAAGUCGUUGCAAAGGCCAAGUCAGGUGAAAUUGUGUUGUCGCAUGACUAUAUAACCGAUCAUUUCAAACUUUUCUACUACAAUCCCGAGAAGAAUAACCUCAGAAAAGUUAGAAUCCAAGGAAUGGAAGCCUUCAGACCAUCUUUACUAAGGGGUAGAGAUGGAGGUGUGCUUAAUGAAGGUGUAGGUGCUGAUUUUGUUCAGAAAGAAAAGGUUGUGCCUUUAGGAUUUGGGUUAAAAGAUGUAGGGAUGAGGUGUGCGAGUUUGGAUGGUGAUUCAGAUCGAUUGGUUUACUUUUAUGUUCCUUCUACUUCUGAUGUAAAGGUUGAGCUACUUGAUGGUGAUAAGAUUUUAUCUUUGUUUGCUCUCUUCAUCAAAGAGCAACUAAACAUUCUUGAUGAUGGUAAAGAAGGAAGCAGUCUCGUCUUGGUGUUGUGCAGACAGCUUACGCUAAUGAAAUGGACUGAGCUAUACAAGGAUCUUCCUAGCAGACAGAUCAAGGUCGAAGUUUCAGACAGAACAGCGGUUGUGACCACAAGCCAAGAAACCGAGGCUCUGAGACCUUUGAGGAUUCAAGAUGCUAUUUGGAACGUUUACAAACACUUUGGCUCAUCCUUACCGUAA